AUGCUGUCUACAAGUUUUCAGUUGAAAUGCAACUUUUGGUCAAUAUGGUCUCUGUGUUUAUCCCUCUUAGCCACAGGUGAUGACUUGGAUCACUAUGAAGAUACCAAAGAUGGCGACACAUCAAAAGAAUGGAAACGGGGUUCAAAGAAAUCAAGCAGCAAACGUGGGUGGAAAUCAAGGAGUCAGUUCGAACCGAUUAUGAAGAAGACUGUCAAGUACAAUGAAAAGGCACAAUCGAACUCAACAGACGACUACU